GUAACUAGCGUGCUAUCACGCCGGCUCACUCGGCUAGCCUACUCACAAGAAUCUGUCUUCAAAACCUAACGCCCUUCAACGGCGCUUCGUCCUUCGAGCGUAUCUUCUCCUUCUUAAACGGUACCCUCCUCACCAAGCGAUACAUCAACCAGCCACUUUAACCGCCACAUCACCGACGACCUUCGAAACACACCAUGGCACCCAAAAAGCUCACGCCACAGCAACAGCUACAGGCGCAGCGACACCUCGUCGCAACCUUCAUCGGCAGCAGCCGCUGCGGCAAGAGCGUGCUGCUGACAUCGCACCUCUUCAACAUCUUCAGUUCAUUCUACGCGCCAACUCUGGAUCAAGUGUUCGUUGCGGAUCCGCCCGUGACACACCCACAUCUUCCGGCGAUCACGUACGUCGACGUCGGCACGGGGCCUAACACCAGCGACCGCUUCAUCCCCCUGCGCACGCAGACCAGCGACGUCGUCGUCAUCGUCUUCUCGGUCGUCGAUAAGUCCACCCUCGAGGACGCCGUGUUUAGAUAUGCUGUCUUCGCGAAGGACUAUAAUAAGCCCAUCGUGCUGGUCGGUACCAAGGCGGAUCUCCGUGGCCCGGGGGAGACACUCGCCGAGAGGACCGAUGAGGUCAUCCCCUGGGAGGCUGAGAGGUACGCGAAGAAGAUUGGCGCAACGGAGUAUGUCGAGUGCUCGGCGCUCAACGAGGAAGGGAUGGCGGACGUUUUCGAGGCACUGGUUAGGGCGGCACUGGGGGAGAAGGUGAGGUUUGGGGAGAGAGAGGGUUAAGGACUAGAUUUG